GGCUCCCCUCCUCUUCCUCUUUUGGCUCAGCAAUGGCGGCCGUGAAGACCCUGAAUCCCAAGGCCGAGGUGGCUCGCUCCCAGGCGGCAUUGGCGGUCAACAUCAGCGUGGCCCAGGGACUGCAGGACGUGCUGAGGACCAACUUGGGGCCUAAGGGCACCAUGAAGAUGCUUGUGUCUGGUGCUGGAGAUAUCAAGCUUACUAAAGAUGGGAAUGUGCUCCUUCAUGAAAUGCAAAUUCAGCACCCAACAGCCUCCUUAACAGCCAAAGUGGCAACAGCCCAGGAUGACAUAACUGGUGAUGGUACCACUUCCGAUAUCCUAAUCAUUGGAGAACUGCUGAAACAAGCGGAUCUCUACAUUUCUGAAGGUCUUCAUCCCAGAAUUAUAACAGAUGGAUUUGAAGCUGCAAAGAAAAAAGCACUUCAGUUUUUGGAACAAGUCAAAGAAAGCAAAGACAUGGACAGGGAAACACUUAGAGAUGUGGCCAGAACAUCUCUAUGUACUAAAGUUCAAGCUGAGCUCGCUGAUGUUUUAACAGAGGCAGUCGUGGACUCCAUUUUGGCCAUUAAAAAACAAGGUGAACCUAUUGACCUCUUCAUGGUUGAGAUAAUGGAAAUGAAACAUAAAUCUGAAACUGAUACAAGCUUAAUUAGAGGUCUGGUUUUGGACCAUGGGGCACGACAUCCUGAUAUGAAAAAAAGAGAAGAUGCAUACAUCCUCACUUGUAAUAUGUCAUUAGAAUAUGAAAAAACAGAAGUGAAUUCUGGCUUUUUUUACAAGAGUGCAGAAGAGAGAGAGAAACCAGUAAAAGCUGAAAGAAAAUUCAUUGAAGAUAGAGUUAAAAAAAUAAUAGAACUGAAAAAGAAAGUUUGCGGUGAUUCAGAUAAAGGAUUUGUUGUUAUUAAUCAAAAGGGAAUUGACCCCUUCUCCUUAGAUGCUCUUGCUAAAGAAGGCAUAGUGGCUCUGAGCAGAGCUAAAAGGAGAAAUAUGGAAAGGCUGACACUUGCUUGUGGUGGGAUAGCUCUAAAUUCUUUUGAUGACCUAAGUCCUGAAUGUUUGGGACAUGCGGGACUUGUCUAUGAGUAUACAUUGGGAGAAGAGAAGUUCAUCUUUAUCGAGAAAUGCAAUAAUCCUCGUUCUGUGACAUUGCUGGUCAAAGGACCAAAUAAGCACACACUCACUCAGAUCAAAGAUGCCAUAAAAGAUGGCUUGAGAGCUGUUAAAAAUGCUAUUGAUGACGGUUGUGUAGUACCAGGUGCUGGUGCAGUGGAAGUGGCAAUGGCAGAAGCGCUGGUUAAAUAUAAGUCCAGUGUAAAGGGCAGAGCCCAACUUGGAGUUCAAGCAUUUGCUGAUGCAUUGCUCAUUAUUCCCAAAGUUCUUGCUCAGAACUCUGGUUUUGACCUUCAGGAAACACUAGUUAAAGUUCAAGCAGAACAUUCAGAAUCAGGUCAACUGGUGGGUGUGGACUUGAACACAGGUGAGCCAAUGGUAGCAGCAAAAAUCGGCGUAUGGGAUAACUAUUGUGUAAAAAAGCAGCUUCUUCACUCAUGCACUGUGAUUGCCACCAAUAUUCUCCUGGUUGAUGAAAUCAUGCGAGCUGGAAUGUCUUCUCUAAAGGGUUGAAUUGAAACUUCCCAUAUAUCACCUGAAACAUGAAGACUCAACAGAGUGAUCCUAAGAUAAUACAGCUAUGGAAUUUUUGUCUGAGCUUCAAAUGAUUUUCAAAGGAAUUUUCUUUUCCCAUAUGAGAAAAAAAAA